CCUCAGCCUCUCCAUCACUCAUGUCCAUGGUGCAGGCCUCUGCAAUUCUCUCAGUCAGAUUCAGCCCUAACCAUCGCCGUUCUUCAGAGCUCAUACACACUCCCCGGCUAGAGACGCUCAGCUAUGGAGGUCACUUCUUUCUGUGGCAGCAGCAGAGCAGCUUCGUUCGUCUACACCUAUCCAUCCAAAACGAAUUCAAGAAAACAAUCUCUUGAUCUACGCUCCAUGGCCAUCGCCUCCACCAAGAAGGUUAACUCGACGGUGUUCCCUCUCGGGGAGAAAGGACCGAGGAGUAGCAUCUCGCUCUCGACCUCGCCGCCGAUUAAACUACUGACGAGGGUGGAGCAAUUGAAGCUACUGAGCAAGGCGGAGAAGGCUGGCCUGCUGUCUGCGGCGGAGAAGGCCGGGUUGUCUCUGUCGUCGAUUGAGAAAUUAGGGCUUCUGUCGAAGGCUGAGGAAUUGGGGAUUUUAUCGGCGGCGACGGAUCCGGGAACUCCCGGGGCGCUACUUAGUCUGAGCUUGGGGCUGUUGCUAUUGGGGCCUUCGUGCGUGUAUUUGGUGCCGGAGGAGAGUGUUUGGGAAAUCGCGUUGCAGGCGGCGGUGGCUCUGGUCUCAGUCGUGGGCGGCUCAGCGGCAUUUGCUGCGUCGAAUUUGGUGUCCAAUUUGCAGAGAUCCAAUUGAAUUUCGGCUAUGGAGUUUUCCUGCCGUGGGAACGAAUGGUAGGUGCCACCUUUCGUUCUCCUUCGACGUCGUCGUUUUGUAUAUUGCAAUUAUUGAAUAUAUCCUUUUCCAGCAGAUUAAAAUGGCAGAAAAAUUUCAUACA